AUGUCGGCAAGCAAUGCGCCGCAACCAGUGAAGCUCUCGCUACCCCUGGAGUAUCAGCAGAACCUCUUCCAGGAACUCCGGUCCGAAGAUGAGCUCGUCAUCCUCGCCCGUGGCCUCGGCCAGAUGCGCAUCGUCACCAACCUUCUCCACUCGUACGAUGCCGCCGGCAACAAUCUCCUCGUCAUCGUCGGCGCCGAGGAACGGGAAAACGGCUGGAUCGGCGAAGCCCUGGCCGAGCACGCAGCCAUCAGCGCGACUCCCAACGCCCGCGGCUUGACCGUUGUGAAUACCGACUUUCAAACCGUCGGUGCCCGCGAGAAGAUGUACGCCGCCGGGGGCAUCUUCAGCAUCACCUCCCGCAUCCUCGUCGUCGACCUGCUCACCGGUCUUCUCGAUCCCGUCACCAUCACCGGUCUCGUCCUCCUCCACGCAGACCGCGUCGUGGCCACGUCACUCGAGGCCUUCAUCCUUCGCGUCUACCGCCAGAAGAACAAGGUCGGCUUCCUCAAGGCCUUUUCCGACAACCCCGACCCCUUUGCCGCCGGCUUCUCACCCCUGGCGACGAUGAUGCGAAACUUGUUCCUCAGAAAGGCCUCGCUGUGGCCACGGUUCCACCUCACCGUCGCCCAGUCGCUCGAGGGAAAGAGAAAGGCCGAAGUUAUCGAGCUCGAGGUCCCGAUGACGGAUUCCAUGAAGGAAAUACAAAACGCCAUCAUGGAGUGCGUCGAGGUCAGCAUCCACGAGCUCAAGAAGGGGAGCACGGGCCUCGAGAUGGACGACUGGAACCUCGACAGCGCCUUGCUCAAGAACUUUGACGUCAUCGUUCGCCGCCAGCUGGACCCCAACUGGCAUCGCGUCAGCUGGAAGACGCGGCAGAUCGUCAACGACCUCACCGUGCUCCGCGCCCUCCUCAACAAUCUUCUCACCUACGAUGCCGUCUCCUUCCUGCAGCACCUCGACACCAUUCACGCCGCGCACUCUCCCCCUCCUGGCUCGACCCGUCAAUCCCAGUCCCCCUGGCUCUUCCUCGACGCCGCCCAGGUCAUCUUCGACACGGCCCGAAGGCGCGUCUACUCGGCCAACCCGAGCACCGUCUCCCGAACCGGCAGCAUCGAUCACCUCGAACCGGCGCUCGAGGAGCUUCCGAAGUGGGCGCUCCUGGCAGACGUUCUGGACGAGAUUGACCGAGACCUCUACUUUGAGCCCCCGACGAGGGACGACUCGAGCGGGACCAUUCUGAUGAUGUGUUCGAACACCGACACUUGCAGGCAGCUGCGGGACUUUUUGCAGACGAUGCAUGUGAAGCCGACGACGGAGCAUCCGGUCGACGACGACGACGACGACGGAGAAGAAGCCCACAAGCCGUCGGCAGCCUUCUUCAUGAGGAGGCGACUUCGGAACUACCUCAUCUGGAAGAAGCAGUUUGCCCAAGUCAGCGCCACACUCUUCCAGGAGAACCAGAAGGCCCUCAACAGCGCCGUCGACGGCCGGCCCGGACACGGAGACGGCACGCGCGCCGGCAGGGCACCGCCGAGCAAGAGACGGAGGGUCCGAGGCGGCGGAAACGUGGCCCUCUCGGCCGGCCGAGCGGCGAACGGAGUGAUCGCGCAGUACUUUGAGAAGCCCGCCGAGGUUGCCGAUCUCUUGGCCGAGGUGCAGAUGACGGAGGCCGAGGCGCAGCAGAAGGCGGAGAUUGGUGGUGCCGAUCCGCUCGAGGAUAUGGAGGACUACUUUCACCUCUACGACUGCCAGGACCUCGUCGUCGUCCAUGCAUACGACGGGGACCAGGACGAGCACGUGCUGGAGGAGGUCAAGCCGCGCUACAUCAUCAUGUAUGAACCGGACGCGUCCUUCAUCCGUCGCGUCGAGGUCUACCGGUCGUCGCACAACGACAGAAAUGUGAGGGUCUACUUCAUGUAUUACGGAGGAUCCGUCGAGGAGCAACGCUACCUCUCCUCCGUCCGGCGCGAAAAGGACGCGUUCACGAAGCUCAUCCGCGAGCGGGCGAGCAUGUCGCUGGUCAUGACGGCCGACGGCCAAGGCCCCGAGGAUGCCCAGGAAGCCUUUCUCCGCACCGUCAACACGAGGAUCGCUGGCGGCGGCCGGCUGGCGGCGACGGCGCAACCACCACGCGUCGUCGUCGACGUGCGGGAGUUUAGGUCGUCGCUGCCGUCGCUGCUCCACGGGCGGUCGAUGAUCAUCGUCCCGUGCAUGCUCACCGUCGGCGACUACAUCCUGUCGCCCAACAUCUGCGUCGAGCGCAAGUCGGUGACGGACCUGAUCUCCUCCUUCAAGGACGGCCGGCUGUACAGCCAGGCGGAAACGAUGUUUCAGCACUACCGCAGCCCGAUGCUGCUGAUCGAGUUUGACCAGAACAAGUCCUUCACGCUCGAGCCCUUCGCCGACCUGUCCGGGAGCCUCAGCAGCGUGGCGCCGACCAACGUCUCGUCCGACCUCCAGUCCAAGCUCGUCCUCCUGACGCUCGCCUUCCCGAAGCUGCGCAUCAUCUGGUCGUCGUCGCCGUACCAGACGGCCGAGAUAUUCGAGUCGCUGAAGACGCAGGAGGACGAGCCGGACCCGAUCGCGGCGGUGCAAGCCGGCCUCGACAAGGACAUGCAGGCCGAGGACCAGGCCUUUAACCGAGAGCCGCAAGAGAUGCUGGCCAUCGUUCCGGGCGUGACGCCGAAGAAUAUCAAGAACCUCGUGCUCGAGACGACGAACUUGAGAGAGGUGGCGAACAUGGACGAAAAGGAGCUCGAGCCGCUGGUGGGAAAGACAGCAGCCAAGGCCAUCGACGGCUUCUUCCGUCGCAACGUCAUGGAGGAGGAAGACUAG